AUGAACUGUCAAGACGAUCACCAUGCUCCAGUGAGAGUGUUGGUGACAGGAGGGUCUGGCUUAGUGGGAAGGGCCAUACAACACGUGGUUGAAGAAGAAGGAGGAGCCAGAGGGGAGGAAUGGAUUUUUCUCUCCUCAAAAGAUGCAAACCUCAUGAAUGUGGACCAGACACGAGCAAUAUUUGAAAAGCACCAACCCACCCAUGUCAUCCACCUGGCUGCCAUGGUGGGAGGGCUCUUCAAGAACAUAAAAUACAACCUGGACUUUUGGAGGAACAACAUCUACAUAAACGAUAAUGUGCUGCAGGCAGCACAUGAAGUGGGCGUAGUCAAGGUUGUUUCUUGCCUAUCCACCUGCAUCUUUCCAGAUAAGACAGCCUAUCCUAUCGACGAGACCAUGAUCCAUAAUGGCCCACCUCAUGAGUCCAACUUUGGCUAUGCCUAUGCAAAGAGGAUGAUUGAUGUUCAUAACAGGGCUUGUUUCCAGCAGCAUGGACACUGCUAUACAGCUGUGAUUCCCACUAAUGUGUUCGGUCCUCAUGACAACUUCAGCAUUGAGGAUGGUCAUGUGCUGCCAGGUCUCAUACAUAAAGCAUACAUUGCUCAAAAGGAGGGGAAACCCUUGGUGGUGUGGGGCUCCGGCACUCCGAGAAGACAGUUCAUUUACUCUUUGGACCUGGCUCGUCUCUUCCUCUGGGUGCUGAGGGAGUAUCCGGAGGUCGAUCCAAUUAUUCUCUCUGUUGGUGAGGAAGAUGAAGUGUCCAUUAAAGAAGCAGCAGAUGCAGUUGUUGAGGCUUUGGGCUUUAAAGGAGAAGUAAUGCAUGACACCAGUAAAGCAGAUGGCCAGUUCAAAAAGACAGCCAGCAAUGCAAAGCUGCGCCGCUACCUGCCAAACUUCACGUUCACACCCUUCAAACAAGCUUUAAAGGAAACCUGUGACUGGUUUGUUGCCAACUAUGACACAGCACGGAAGUGAAACCUCUGCUCACGAAGUUGACAUCAUCUCGGCUGGACUGUCACCUGAGAAGCUGACAGCGGUGGAGGAACAUAAUCUGCACAGACAGGAUGCAGUGAAUGAAAUCAGUUUGACCCUCACUGAGCACUCGGUGAGCUCCUUAAUAUCUCACCGAGUGAAAGCCUGCAGUACUGUCUUAGUAGCCAGUGUUGAUGAAGACCGGUUUCUUUUGCUUUAAGGAUCAGUCUGUUGUAGUAAGUUUAUAUUCUACUACCUAUGCGUAGAAAUAUCCGAGCUUUAUCAUAGUGAACUAUGAUAGUGUUAGUCAUUUUUAAACUGAAACUAUUACUGCAGUCUUGAAAUCCAGGAUCUGUCACAACUUGCCUAUUUACAUUUUCCAGCAGUUUCUAAAUGUGUUCCUGAAUGACUUUCCUUUUGGGAUUUGGAAGUUUUGACGAUGUGACCAUUCACUUUAAUGAACAGAAAGAAGAUUGUGGUAUAAAUGUUUUGUGUGUUUUGUUUUUUACACAGUAUAUAUUGUCUCUGAGCAAGGUAAAUGUUUUAUACCUGUAA